AUGCAACAACAGCCCCAUUUUGCCCGAAAAAGGGGCUCAGUAAGCUACCUACAAAAACUCACUGUACUAAAGCGUAUGAUAGCCGAAUACACCCAAGAAAACGCAGCUCUAGUGGACGAAAUCGUCGAAGUCCAAUCCCUGAUCCUUGUACGUAAAGAAGAACGCAAAUAUUUGCUCAGAAAACUGUGCGAGUUUGACGGAGCUGUUGCUCAGCAAGUGCAAAGGGCUGCUACACAAGCCUCGACUCCUUCAAGCACCAGUAACAGUCUCAAACCGAAAAAAAAGCCUUCUGAGACUGAAAGAAGGUCUUCAACUUCAAAAUCUCCCAGAAGACCCAGCGUUAAAAGCAACAAAAAGAAAUUCGUUCAGCCUGUUGAAGUUGACAGCAUUGGAAGACCUAUUUUUCCAAUAGAUUUAGGCCGUUUGACUAUACACUCAUUGGGCGAAGUUGUGGCUGACAGGCAAGAGUUCCACUCAGAAGAAGCAAUUUUCCCUGUAGGCUACGUUUCCACAAGACUAUAUGGCAGCCUGAAAGAUCCCACAAUAAAGUGCAUUUACACUUGUAAAAUAUCUGACGAAACUGGGGUGCCAACUUUUGCAAUAGCUUGCGAUGAUGGUACUAAAGAAAUAACAGGUGAUACCCCAGAUGUUUGUCACUCGUUGCUAUUGCAAAAAAUCAAUGAUGCUUUAUCGUUAAAUGUGGUCAGCACUAGGCCUAGAGGAAAUGAGUUUUUCGGGCUCACUCAUCCUACAGUUUUGCAUCUAUUGCAAAGCUACAGUGCGGCUAAAAAAUGUGUCAACUACAAGUGGACAAGGUUUGAAGUUUCCAAAACAGCUGAGACUAGCAAGGACUAUAAUGAUGCGGGGUUGAGCUUUGAUUAUUUGCAACGCAGCAUUAAUUUGUGCAAAUAUAAAAUGGCCCCAGAUGUGUUGCAGAAGCCUAGUGAUUAUGUUGAGAGAAAUUGA